UCUAUGGAACGUGAUAAAAAAAAAUUAAAUAAUUAAUGUUAAUAUCAAAAUAACACUGAAGUGGUUUUAUAAAACUUAAAUAAGCCCUACAAAUGUAAAGACCAAUAAUUUUCUCGACUCUUGUUCUUUGUAGAGCAAUUUUGGCUUUGUUUAGAAAGAAUUUUCAGGCAGUAACCGGUUCUGAGGCUCUCUUGUUGGCCAACAAUACAAAAUAAAGAGUCUUGAAGAGAGUCUGAAAGCGUGGAAUAGCAACGCAAGUGAAAACAUAAACAAAUAAUUGUCAAACACAAACAAAAGAUCCGAAAGGGGAAAUGUGAACACGUGAUUAAACAUUGUUGGAUUGGAAUUCACUGAGAAAAUAUAUUUUCAAAGACAAUUAUGAGCCUGCCACAGCUAAUUGAUGACUUGCAGCGCCUCUCGGAGGACCAGGAUAGCGCCGAUCUGGUUUUCAUUUGCGGUCGAGAUGAGCGCAUCUAUGCCCACAGGCUGAUGCUGAUGGCCCGUUGCAAGAGCUUCAAGACGGCCAAGCGCGGCGAGGUGUGCCGCAUUCCCGGUUGCACCGUGUCGCCAGCUGCUCCUGGCGCCUCCACGCCCACAACUAUUCGUCUGCCACACGUUAAUCCCGACUUAUUCCGGCAGUUUAUCCUGUAUGUCUACACAGCGAAGUUGGUUCUCCAAGAUUCGCAGGUCUUUCAAAUGAUGAUGAUGGCCCAAGACAUGGGCGUCGUAGAGCUGCGCACCGCUUGCGAGGAUCAUGUAAUAUCCACACUCUCGGUGGACAACGCCUGCACCUUUUUGACCGCAGCAAUGGAUAUUCACGAAAAAGCAGGUGCCAAGUGUGCGGCAUCUUUUAUGGAGCGGUGCAUCAUCUACAUAGGGGAGAAUGCCGGGGAGUGCGUCAAGACAAAUGCUUUCCUAACGCUCACCAAGGACGCCAUCAUCAAAAUCAUCUCCUCCGACUAUUUCUGCUUGGAGGAGGAGGAAGUUUGGCGCUGCGUUUUGGCCUGGGCCAAGUACCAGGCUGGCGUUACCCAACCCACCGCCCAUUGGACUGAGGAGGAGCGUGCACGUGUCUGCCAGCACUUGAGUGGGGUUAUGGGUCAUGUGCGUCUGCUGCUGAUAGACAGCCAAGUCUUUGCCGAGGAAGUAGAGCCCACCGGCGCCGUGCCCAUGGAACUGUCCCUAGAACGCUAUCGCUAUGCCGCCCUGCAUGCCAACAAAAUGAUGGAGAACGACAAGCGGCUGCAGCCCCGCCUCACUGUUGCCGUCAACAUGUUCCCCGGUUCGCAAAUCCUGCGCAACGACAAACUGCCACUGCAGGGCAUCCUCAAUGGAUGGUAUGGGGUGCCCAAACAAUCCUGGCGUCUGGUCUAUCGUGCCUCCUCCCACGGCUAUGACUCCAGUGCCUUUCAUCGGUACUGCGACGGAGUCGCCCCCUGCAUGGUCAUUGGUUUGGGGUCACAUGGAGAGAUUAGCGGCGGCUUCACCGACGUCGCCUGGGCCAAAACAAGUCGCAAGGGUGGCUAUGUGCACUCGGAGCGGGCCUUUCUCUUUCUGCUGAAUCCUUCGAAUGGCGAACAGCCGACGAAAUUUGAUAUUUUAAAGAAACCCUAUGCCAUCUGCUAUCAUCCCGAUUGUGGACCCAUUUUUGGAGCUGGUGCCGAUCUGCUCAUCUCCAGCAACUGCAAUGCCAACAUGGACUCGUACUCAAAUCUUCCGCAUUCCUACGACGGCCCCAGUGCCGCCCACCUCACUCUCUUCGGCGACUACAACUUCACCAUCAGCGACUACGAGGUGUACACCUUGGCCUCGCCGGGAAGUGGUCCAAGCAGCGGACCCAGCCACAGUCACAGCCAGAGCCAGAACAUGUCGAGCAAUGCCCAGGCACCAGGUGUGCCCUCAAAGGCAAAGUACGAUAGAUACUAGGUAGGGAACGAAAGCACACACACAAAACUUGUAGUUGCAUCAGCUAUGCUGGCAAUAAAACCUAUUUCCUCGAACACACUUAAA